CUUUCUCUCCCCUCCCUCCUCCCUCCUCUCUCUCUCCACUCUCUCCCCUCCGUCGCUUCCCCUCCCCCGUCCUCGCAAUCUAACCUCCCGCGAAGCCCCCCACAACCCUAGCGGAACCCGCUCCUACCCCGAGAGCUCCCGGCGCUGGGGACCGGCCUCCGCGUCGGGCGUCAGCCGCCGCCGAGCGGUGCCAGAUCCGGGGCCCCGCACCGUUCGGUCGGGGGGGCUCUUCUUCGGCGACGGCGCGGUCGCUGGAUGCUGGUCGGGCGGAUCGGGGCCCGAUGUUCGCGUGAUUCGAGUUAGGCAACGUGGGGUUGUGAUGUUUGAUUCACAUGAAUGAGCUCAGAGCAUCUGAUUGAUAAAACUAUCAGCAUAUUAAUUCCCUUUCUUUAAGAAAUAUGGGAGCUAAUUGCUGCAUUGCUGCAAAGGAGAGGACACAGCCAUGCAUUACUCCAAUAGAAGUAUCAGCAUACAGGAAUGUAAGGCACUCACCAUCAUGGAGCUUUCGAUGGGACAAUCGCACACACAUAGAAGACAUAAUGGAAAUCCCUACUCUGUUCUCCAACCAUAGCAGUGGAAGCAUUCGGCCUGAAACCAAGAGUGGUUCCAUUGCACCAACUGAAGGCCUCUCUAACGGAAAUAGCCUUGGAACUAGCCCUUCUGAUGUGUUUCGCAGGACAAAGUGGCACAAAUCUGAUAAGAAAAUGGAAGCUCCUAAGGCUACAAAGGCUGAUCCUCAUGCUGACUGCUCCACAGCAAGUAAUUCCUCCCCUGAGGCGAAGGUUUCCAGGAAAUCAUUGGACAUGCUAAGUGUUGCUUCAGAUUUGAAGACAUCAGCAUCUGUUCCUUCAACAUCACCCUUAGUAUCCAGAGCAGAUCCUUCAUCCUCCAGGGGUAAUUCGCAAUCAACAGAUUCAGAUUCAAUGAAGAAAGCACGGCGUUCACCAGGAUAUCAAUUAUACAGGCAGGUCUCGGAUAGUAAAAUUCCAUCUCUCAGAUCUCUCAACGAAAUCAGCUCUCCUGAAGGAAGACCAUCCUCUUCCAUGCUCUCAGUCUGUAGCAAUGACUUGUCAGCAGCAGGAUCCCAUGGUGAGUCAUCUGAUGGUUGGUCAAUGCGCACAUUUUCUGAAAUGGUUGCGACAUCCCAAAGAGAGAGGUGGUCACUUGACAGUGAGCUCUUAGGAUCCAUUUCCAGUAAAAUGACAAGAUCAAAUGCUUCAAAUUCUACAAGCCUUCCUCCAGACCAAGAGGUGUGCAAGCUGUGUUUGAAAUUGUUAACGGAAAGAUCGGCUUGGAAUGCUCAGGAGCUGGCUGUUGUUGCUGUGUUGUUGUGUGGCCAUGUUUACCAUGCUGACUGUCUCGAUAGCAUAACUACAGAAGCUGAAAAAUAUGAUCCUCCAUGCCCUGUAUGCACGCACGGGGAGAAAUGUACAGUGAAGCUAUUUGGGAAGCUGGAAUCAAAGAUCAAGAAUAAGAUACCAAAAGAUGUGGUAGUUGAUAUUGAUCUAGAUGGAAACAUUAAGCACCAGAAGAAAGGCAGAAGAGAGCCCAGGUUAGGCACAAGUUCAAGCAUGAAGGUCCCAUUUAGUCAUCCAUUUUUGAGGAGGCAUUUCUCCAUUGGCUCUCGACCACCACGGUCAGUCUCACAGAAUGAUUCAACAAGAAAGAAGGGAUUCUGGGCGAGGCACUGGAGAGAGUAGCAUAGCUUCCAAUCGUCAUAAGGAACGAUCUUUAAGGGGAGGUGAACUCCCUAGCAUGCAAUGGAGUCAAAACUGGUGCAAGGGCUGUCGAGCAACCAACAUAUUUGGAAGUUUCUCCCAGCCAUCAUUUCGGAUACUGGUGCGGCGCCGUGCAUGCUAAGCGCAGGUCCCAGGAAUUCAGGAUAGUAAAAUAACAAGGUUUCCUAUACCAUGCGAAACAGGGUUGUUGUAGGCCCUGGUUGCAAAUUAGUAAUAGCAGCAGGUAAUCUAACAGAAAGGGAGUGGCCUUCCAGGAUGUAAGGCCCAAUGCAGGGUUGCAAGAUUACAUAACCCAGCAUGCUAGAUUAUUUAUUGUACUCAGCAGUUGUUUUUGUAUGAUUGGCUAUGGCACCUAUUGUUGUUUGAUCGUGUGCGUUUGUUGGGUUGAAAGCUUCAGAGGGAAUUCAAAUGAGAUAUUCGCUCACGAAAUGCAUAUGCUGAAUAUUGA